AUGAUGAACCAACAGAAAGAUCAAAAACCUGUACCGGUUUCGCUUUUAAAAUCCUCUGAUAGUGAUUAUAGCAAAGAAAAUAUAUUAGAAUUAGCAUCUACUUCUAAUUUAUCUAAUGUUUUUAGCAUCUCCAGCAAUGCUCAUUUAAAUAGUAAUGCUUCUAAUAGUAAGUCAUCAAGCAGAUGGACAUCUUCAGAAAUCCGUAUUCUUAUUGAGGAAGUAGAAAAAAAUCAAAAAGCAUUACAGCAAGUAAGAGAUCUAAGACAUAAGGGACGGAUUUGGGACAAAAUUGUUUCGAAUAUACAAGGCUAUACUACUGCAAGUACUGCUUUGAAGGAACGUGAAGAAGCAGUUCAAACUGAAUGGGAGUUUUUUAAUAAUAUGGAAGAGUUUUUAAAGAAUGAUCCUAGUAUUAGUGUGCCAGUAACAAGUGAUUCGAUCAGUGGAAUAAAGCGCAAACAAAAUGAUCAAAAAGAAGAA